AUGGCAGCUGCGGUCGAUGGAGCAGCUGUAGCAGCCGAAGAGGCUGAAGAUUUUACCGCAGGUUCAAGCAACUAUCUCAUGAACGACGUCGACUUGGGUAGUGACUACGGGUAUGGCCACGAUCAAGAGUGGAACCUUCCAGCCAUCCCACAACCUCCGAACUUCGAGGGAUUGCCUUAUGUGCGCGAGAACGAAAAGUACUUGACGCCGAUCAAUACCCUACGAUCUGCCUUUCCGAGUUGGCAUGGAGUUUUGGACGCCGAUUCCAGAGUUGGUCGUAUGCUGGGCGACUUUAUGCGUGUGCUCGAGCAAGACCGCCAAGAAUAG